UGUAGAACAGAGCUCAACCCUGAACCAUAAGAGGCCUAAUAUGAACAUUUAUGAUUUAUUAUUGCUCGAUUGUACUAUUCAGGCUCAGCUAUAGCUAUUUUCACAUCUACUACAUCUUAGGCCUUGCGUGAAAGCGUGAAUGUGGAAAGAAAGACAAUAAAAAGAGAGGAAAGGCAAAAAAAAGAGAAACGCAGUAAGGUCAGUACUGAAGAAAGCGUUUCUUCCCUUAAGAUGGUGGCGUUGGUGAACAAUAAUGUCUGAUUCGCAGAUAUCAGGAUGUCAAAACCAGCAGAGGAUGAGAAGCCUGGGGCAGACUUUCCAGGGGAGAGCACAGACUCUGAGAGGAACAGUCCUGAUGCCAAUGAUCAGGUUCAGCCAAUGAAAACGAGUCCCUUCAGUCUUUCUCCUACCUUGAGCAGCAUCAAGAGUAAAAGUGAGGCAGUACCUGAGAUGAUCUCCACCCAUGUGCCGCCUCCUUCCCAGCAGCAGACGCCUCACCCUCACACACAACUCCUGUUGGCAGGGAGUCAGCUGGCAGGGCUGGCUGCCCUCUUGCCUGCGCAGCAGCAGCUGUUGCUUCAGCAGGCCCAGGCUCAGCUCCUGGCCGCCGCGGUGCAGCAGUCCAAUGCGGCUCACGCUGCUCAUGCCGCUCACGCAGCCGCCCAAGCCAAUCAGCAGCAGCAGCAACAACAGCUGACCAAACAGGAGCAAGCCCCGCCCCAGCUCACCCUCUCUCAGCCUAUCCAGCUCACCGCCCAGGAUAUCCAGCAGCUGUUGCAGCUGCAGCAGUUAGUCCUGAUGCCCGGCCACCACCUGCAGUCUCCUCAGUUCCUCCUGCCUCAGGCCCAGGGACAACAGGGGCAGCAGGGUUUGCUCUCGACACCUAAUUUAAUUCCGCUACCUCAACAUCAGCAAAGCCAGGGGAGUCUUCUAACUAUUCCACCCAGGCUGGGACUGCAAGCACAGCGUCGCCAUGGUGAUGGCCUCUCAUCUUUACAGAGGGACAAGAGCGGGGACGGCGGGGUGACCUCCGGGGCCUCGGCAGCCCCCAUGACCUCAGUGACCUCUGGCCCUCACGGCGAGGAGCCCAGUGACCUGGAGGAGCUGGAGCAGUUCGCUCGCACCUUCAAACAGAGACGCAUCAAACUGGGCUUCACACAGGGUGACGUAGGCAUGGCGAUGGGGAAACUGUAUGGGAAUGACUUCAGCCAGACCACCAUCUCUCGCUUCGAGGCCCUAAAUCUGAGCUUUAAGAACAUGUGCAAGCUCAAGCCUCUGCUUGAGAAGUGGCUAAACGAUGCGGAGACCAUGGCGAUAGACAGCAUGCUUCCCAGCCCGAACUCUCUCUCCUCCCCCAUGAUGGGGUUUGAGGGCAUGCCGGGGCGUCGCAGGAAGAAACGCACCAGCAUCGAGACCAACGUCCGCGUGGCCUUAGAGCGCAAUUUCAUCUUGAACCAGAAGCCUAACUCAGAGGAGAUUCUCCUGAUGGGCCAGCAGCUCAACAUGGAGAAGGAGGUGAUUCGGGUCUGGUUCUGCAACCGGCGCCAGAAAGAGAAGCGCAUCAACCCUUGCAGUGCCACCCCUCCCCUGCACAGCCAGCCCCCUUCCAUGACGCACAAAACCCCCUGCUACAGCCCGCACAUGGUGUCCAGUCAGGGGCUGCACCAGGCUGCCACCAGCCUCAGCACAACAGUGACCAGUCCAUUACCCUCGGUGACCUGCCCUCUGACCCCCUGUGGCUCUGCAGCCACCAGCUCCACCCCCUCCUCUAGGACUCCGCCUCCACACAGCACAGCCAGCCCCGCUCCUUCCACCCUCAGUACCCACAGCCUGAACGCUGGCUCUGGCUGCCAGUGGUGGGCAGCUGCCCAUUUCCAGUCUUGAGGCCGGAGGUCAGAUGAUCCUGGGCGGGGCGGGGGUUCGCCCCUCCCUAUUCCUCAACCGCCACACCCUCCUGCCUAUGGCGUCCCACCAAGUCGGCGUGGGUUUGGUCGGCGGUCCCAGGGGAGCCUCUCCACCCCCCGGCGCCAGUGGGAUGGACGUCGACUCCUGCUCCGCCUCUCCCUGCUCCAGCCCCGCCUCCUUCGGCUCGUUCAGCGAAGCCUCACCGCCGCCGCUUGACGGGGCCAUGGCCGAGUGACGACGACACAACCCAAAGGAUCCUAUCAGAAGGAGGAGGAGGAGUUUUAGUGGAGCUUUACAGAAACACCUCACCUUUCAACCAAAGCCAUCUCUCUCUCCCUCCAUUUGUUGUCUCCGCUCUCUCUCCCGGAGUCUUUCAAAGCCAAAAAAAAUACACAGAUUGAAAGAGGAAGAAGAGAGCGAGGAAGAAUGGAGAGGAGGAGAGAACAGGAGAACGGUGGAGAUUUAAACCAAAAAAUAUAUAUAUCUAUACAGUUGGAGAGGUGGCAUUGUGGAACACAGUGAAUGCUAAUGUACAUUUACUCCUUUCUCUGGAAAAGAAGAAAUGAGCUGAAAAACCUGAUGAAAAAGAGGGCAGGGAUGAGAACUGAACUAAGACAGAGAGAGAUGGGUGGCAAGGACAGGAAAAGAAGGAAAGAAAAGACUUUCAACAAGCUUCAGCAGAUGGAUGGAAAGAACCACGUUUUUAAAAAACCUACAGGGGAAAAACACACAAAGACAAAAAUGACAAACAUGCCACAAUCUCCAAAACCGAAAUACCAAAAACUGAAACCAAAAAAACGGAGAGAAAAGCUUUACUUAAAAGACUUAUGAUUCUGAUCUGUCCAGGAUCAGCACAUCAACCACACUUAACAAGGCCAAAAACAUGUAUCAUUUCAUCAUAAUAUAUCAUUUUAAAGUUUUGUUUUCAACACCUUUACAACGCUUAUUUUUAGUAUUUUAUAUGAUUUGAACUUUGGGUUAUGUCAUAGCAAAUGAUUUGAUAUAGAUAUCUUAGUAGUGUCAGUCCUCCCACAUAUCUCUACCUACCUCUCUAGUGGCUCUACAGUUUUAACCUAGUUACAGUAUUAAACUGUGUUGUGGAUUUAGCAGUCACCUCAGACUAAUAACAAUUAGUAACUUUCCAACUUAUUUUGUGGUUUAUUUUCUUAUUUCUUAUUUUUCUAAUGAUCAUCGUAAUUAUCAUCAUCAUCAUUAGGGUUAUUAUCUUCAAUAUUUGUUUAAUAUGAUGAGAUAUUUUUCUUUUUCUAGGCAGGUCAGUUAAGAACAACAUCUUAUUUACAAUGACGGCCUACCCCGACCAAACCCGGAUGACGCUUGGCCAAUUGUGCGCCGCCCUAUGGGACUCCCAAUCACGGCCGGUUGUGAUACAGCCUGGAUAUUAUUGCCUCCUUUGUUUCAUAACUUAUUUUAUACAGUGGAUUCAAAUUAUUGACACCCUUGAUAAAGAUGAGCAAUAAUGACUCUGUAAAAUUAAUUACUAAAAUACUGGGCUAUAUUGUAUGCCAAAAAAAAUGGGAAGUUAUGUUAUACGAAUAAUUGCUCAGAGAAAGAGAUUCUGUUUAACUAGCAAUACAAAAAAAUACAAAUAAAGAUAGGGGUCAAAAUUAUUGGCACCCCUGUUUUCAAUACUCCAGCAUCCUCCCCUUGUGAGGAUGAGGACGCUGAGCCUUUUUCUAAAAUGUUUUAUGAUAUUGGAGAACACGUUGGGAGGGAUCUUUGACCAUUUCUCCAUACAGAAUCUCUCCAGAUCCUUGAUAUAAUUUGUCUGCGCUUAUGGCCUUCCAUCUUCAAUUCAAACCACAGGUUUUCAAUGGGGUUCAAGUCUGGAGACUGAGAUGGCCAUAGCAAAAUGUUGAUGUGUGGUCAAUGAACCAUUUCUUUAUGGAUUUUGAUUAGUGGUUGGGGUUAUUGUCUUGCUGGAAUAGUCCCAUAACAUCAAUGAUCCACCACCCUAUUUUACCAUAUGAGGAAUGUUUUCAACACUGGUGUGCGUGGCCAAAGAGAUUCAUUUUCAUGUUAUCUGAAUAUAGAGCUCUUUGGCCAAGCACACCAGUGGUGGGUUUGGUGUUGAAAAACCGAAGCAUAUGCGUAAAAGUACCUCAUACCAAUGGUAAAAUAUGGUGGUGGAUCUUUGAUGUUAUGGGACUAUUUUGCUUCCACUGGUCCUGGGGCCCUUGUUUUAAGGUCAACGGCAUCAUGAACUUUACCAAGUACCAGGGCAUUUUAACCGAAAACCCGGUUGCCUCUGCCAGGAGGCUGUCACUUGGCAGCAAGUGGAACUUCCAGCAAGACAAUAACCCCAAGCGCUAAUCAAAAUCCACAUAGAAAUGGUUAAUUGACCACAAAAUCAACAUUUUGCAAUGGCCAUCUCAGUCUCCGGACUUGAAUCCCAUUGAAAAAUUGUUGUUUGAAGGCUCAGUGUAGUUAUCCUCGCAAGGGGAGGGUGCUAGAGUAUUUUAAACAUUAAUUCUGACCACUAUCUUUUUUAGAUUGUCUUUUAUUACAUGUUAAAAAAUAUUUAUUUCUCUGAGAAAUUGUAAAAUAUAAUUUCUCCAGGUUUAAAAAAAAUAUUUAAAAAAUAGCUUAGUAUUUUUAUAAUUUAUUUUAUACCGUUGUUUUAAUCACCUUUAUCAAGGGUGCCAAUAAGGAUGGACCUGACUGUAUAUGAACACCAAAAUGUACUCUACUGCCUGUUGCUUCAAGCACACACACACACACACACACACACACACACACACACACACACACACACACACACACACACACUACACUAGAAUGUAUUGAGAUGUUGAACUAAAAUAGUCCUUUAUGCCUUUCAUUAUAUUUGUUUGCCUGUUUUUUUAUAUACACUUAUCGUUCAAAAGUUUGGGGUCACUUUGAAAUGUCCUUGUUUUUGAAAGAAAAGCUAUUUUUGUCUAUUAAAAUAACAUCAAAUUGAUCAGAAAUUCAGUGUAGGCAUUGUUAAUGUUGUAAAUGACUAUUGUAGUAGGAAACGGCAGAUUUUUAAUGGAAUAUCUACAUAGGCGUACAGAGGCCCAUUAUCAGCAACCUUCACUCCAGUGUUCCAAUCGCACCUUGUGUUAGCUAAUCCAAGUUUUUCAUUUUUAAAGGCUGAUUGGUCAUUAGAAAACCCUUUUGCAAUUAUGUUAGCACUGCUGAAAACUUGUUUUGAUUUAAUAAUAAAACGGGCCUUCUUUAGACUAGUUGAGUAUCUGGAGCAUCGGCAUUUGUGGGUUCGAUUACAGGCUCAAAAUGGCCAGAAACAAAGCACUUUCUUCUGAAACUCAUCAGUCAAUUCUUGUUCUGAGAAAUGAAGGCUAUUCCAUGCAAGAAAUUGCCAAGAAACUGAAAAUUUAGUACUACGCUGUAUACUACUGUGUAUGACUACUUCUAAUCAAUUUGAUGUUAAUUUAAUGGAUAAAUCAUUUGCUUUUCUUUCAAAAACAACGAAAUUUCUAAGUGACCCCAAACUUUUGAACGGUAGUGUAUAUAAUUUCCAUAUAAUUCCACCAACUUCAUAUCAUUCACUUCCAGUCAGUCACUCUUGGAUACCAAAGCAUUGUUUCUCCCGACUGGAAGAGCCGGGAAACAAGUGUUCAGACAGAAACCUCAGCAGUGUCAAAAACCAAACAUCCAAUAACAGGACGACUCCACACCAAAGAAAAAGUGACAGCGUCCCUCCCAGUCCCCAACCCCCUGCCCUCCAUCCCUUCUGUCCCUCUCCUUUGCCUCGAAAGAUGGAGUGAAAGGGCCAAAAAAGAAGAGAAGAAAACAAGAAGACUACCCAGAGAAGUCAAAGGCAAAAAAAGGAUCUGUUGAAAACGGAGGAGAAAGCUGGAACGGAGGACCCAAACCAAAAAAGAACCUAACCAAAACCUCCGUAUGAGCAACUAAACUGAACAGAUAAGAAACCAAAAACCAAAUACAACACGUUGUAGACAAAGAGGAGGAGGAAGAGAGAGGGAGGGGUCAAGCCCUGUCUGUCUGUCACAGUCUGAGACAGAGGCUUUCCCUCUCAUUCUCUCCUCCCUCCUCCAUUUGUGACCUCCUUUGUUCACCCUUUUCCUGGACGGAAUAGCUAAUGACCUCGUGGAACUGAACUUUAAAAUAUAUAUUUUUUGCUUUUCAUGGUCUGUCUGUCGAUUGCUGUAAUGACUUUGUCUCAUUGCUUUCUACUUGACUGGGUAAUUUUUUGCCUAUUUUCAUAUCUUGUCUGGGUUAUUUUUUGUUGUUGUGCUUUUUUCAUUAGGUGGUUGGAAAGAAUACUGUGAAAAUGUAGCUUCCAAAUCUUUCUUUGAUCAAGAAUGUCGUGAAAAAGCCAAAACUGAAUACCAAAAGCGAAACUUUUUGACACAGACAUACCAAAUACCAACCAAACCAAUGCACAAUUGUCAGAGAGGAACAGUUGGAUAACUGUGUUUGUGCUAGGUUUUCUGGAUAGAUGUAUAGAAAGACUGGUAGAGCAAGAAAGGUACUGUGCGAGCGUGUGCAUUCAGGCAUGCUUCCAUACAUGAUUGCCCGUAUACCUGUGUGUGAGAUAUGGAUGGUGUGUAUGUGACAGGAGAGGAAACGUGAGAUCGAAUUAGUGUGUGGAAAGAUUUAUUCUCUUGCAUAUUAACCAACCCAUAAAGAUUCAGUACACACUGUUCUGUCUAGUGUACCACAGAAUAGUGUUUGAUAAAGGCAUGGAACUUCACGAGUGAAAUGAAGCAUACUUGGGCACAUAUAGGCAGAUAUUAAAGGCAACCAAUGAUAAUAUUGUGGGCAGGGGUGGGCGGAAAUCAACUGAAAACCAGUUGACAGACACUUUUAGAGGGGAUGUAUCUGUUAGUGCUUCAAUAGAUUUUGUAGGAAAAAAUAUAUAUGUUCUACUGCUUAUUUAUUGCUAAUGUAUAAAAGGCUGUGAAGUGAUCCUUGAUACAAAUGUUGAUGAUAACAAUGACUUGAUUUUAGACCAAAAGCUUUAAACUAUCUCUCUGGGGAUCUUUGUUUGAAGAUGUGUAUUUAUUCAUGUUCAGGGGAGGAUACAUUUCUUUGCAAAUGAUUUGUACGUUAUGAACUCUCACCUGUUUAUUUAUUGAUUCAUUCGUUUAUGUAAUUUAUUUGUUCUAUUUCUGGAUUGGGACCUUUGAGGUUCUAUUUUGGAGAGAGGUGAUCUUGAGAUUAAGACAAGAAGACAAAAUGCUUUAAAACACAAAGAAAAAGGCAGAGCUUUAAAACAAAAACUGAAACCAAAUGUAAAGACUGUGGGUGUCAUCUCAUUGCCCAUGUCAACUGAUUAAAACCCUAACCUAACGGAGAGGGAGAGCCUAUCAAACUGAUCCAUGAAAUGGGUACAUUUUAGAGUUACAGUGGCCCCUGAAUUUUCUCCUUUCUCUUUUCUGCUUACACCUGUGAGUGUCAAUAGGAGUUCAGACACAUCUAGAUGCCUCUAGAUGUUCACACUUUCUCCAGCUCGCCCUUUCUCUCUCUCGCUGUCUGGUCCCGUCUUUCAUUUCAAGGCGAGGGCGACGUCAUAUAUACCUCGUAUUCUUUGAUGAAAAACCAAAUAGACAGAAGCUUUAAUAAGACGUGUGACCCUGGUCGUCUUGGCUCAGGAGAGGGAUACAAGAAGUGGCCUGGCUAUUGAGUUUGAUGAACAAAGCCUUUAGAACACUUUUUAUUUUUAAACGGUAAAAAAAAGAGGUUUGUAAGCAGUUUCCUCUGUUUUAUAGGUCACUCCUCAGAAGUAGAUGCACCACUCCUCUCUCCUUCAGUGGGUCUUUGAUUUCUGUUGACAAUGUUGUGAGGGUACUGGAGGUGUUUAUGGCAAUGUUUCUUCUGAGAAGGUGUGUGUGGGAUAUUAACAUGAUGCUAAUACUGUACAGUAUGUGUGCCUGUGUAGGGCUCUCCUGUGGUGGACCGAGAAUGAUACCAAAGUCAAACCACCACAGUGAGACCACACACACAAAACACUCACACACACAGUUAAUCCAUGUGUAUAUAAACAUUCAGGAGUCUUCAUAAAGACUGUAAAUGCUACAUAAUGGUGUUUAUUACCCUUCAUUGACAUCAAAAGACAUACUACUGUCUUCAAGAGCACUUAAUGCUAUGAAGCAAUGCGCCUUGAAUUGUGACCAUUUUAUACUGUAGUUAUAAGUGGCUAUGAAUGUUUGUUUUAUGUGCUUAUUAAGAAUAUCCUCAAUUUAUAGGUCUCCAUGAACUAAGAUAUUUCUUUGGCCUUGAGAAGACAUAUGUCUGACCGUCACAUCAAAUCAAAGUGGAUAUAGUAAAAGAGAGAACAAACAGUGAAUUUGGCACAUUUUUUGUUUAUUUUUUAAACAUAUUUUUUUCUACAGUACAGCUUAAAUCCAAAGGUAAUUUCAUUAGUACGGCAAAGAAAGAUUUUACUAAUGAAAACCUCAAUAGUGAAAACCAAAGAACUCCACCAACCUUUUUACACAUAAAAAAUUCCCAUUUUUCUUUUUUGAUGGUAAAAACUCAAAAAGUUCUCUUUAAUACAAUGUUUGAUGAUGAUGAUAACUAUGAUGCUGAUGAUGAUAACUAAAACACUGCUCUCUAACUUUGUAUCUGUUACGACCCAUUUCAUUUCUGUUUGUGAGUAACCUGCUUUUACCUCAAGUUUCUCUCUGAGUUAGUAACCCGUUUUUAAAUUUUUGUUCCCAACUGUUAGCCUGUCCCUUAUUUAUCGCUAUGGGUGUGCCUGUUGUUUGGGGGGGAGGGGGACAAAUGAAACAGUAAGUGUUAGGAAUAAAGUGCGAAU